AGGUUUUAAAUAAUCGAGGAAAAAGCGAGAGGAAGCUUUUUUCAUUGUGGAAUUGACUGGUGCCCGGGUCCCGCUCGGCUGUGUCUCCGCCUCCCCGCUCCUGUAACUUGCUGCAAUCCUCUGCUCACUGGCACCGAGCGAGUGCUGAACUCGGCACAGACACACACACACAGUCCUUCACAUCGCACCAGCCCAUUCAGGGUAAAAAUAGCCCCAGAUCAUAGCAACGCGGGCUGGAUGUGAGAGAGUGCAGGGAACCUGUCAGCAUUCAUCCUCUCGCCGACGGCUCGUCAGUGGUGACCGCUCCUCCAGCCCGCAGCGCCGGUCCCUCGCUCGGCCAGCCGCCUCGCAGAGAGACAGAGACCCCAGCCCCGACCGCGCUGCAGCCCCGGCAACUCGGCACGAUGCCGGCUCCCCUGAUGCUCCUGAGCACCGUGGCUCUCCUGACCGCCGCCGCCGCCCCGCUCAACCCGUGCUCCGGCCGGCCCUGCCUCAACAACGGCACUUGUCUAACUUUCCAAGGGCAGGCGGCGUCCUACAACUGCACUUGCCGGCCCGGGUUCACCGGUCAGCGCUGCCAGGAUCGAACAGAUGAGUGUGCAAGCAAUCCCUGUCACUAUGGCAACUGCAGCAGCCACAUCGAUGGCUAUGCUUGCAUUUGCGAAGAAGGCUAUCAAGGUGAAAACUGUGAACAGCCGCCACAAAGCACUCCUGCACCUCUGUGGGCAGAGUCCACGUUGCCUUGGCAACCUGAGCCGGCCUCAACCUCUAUGGUUCCGAAAGUAACCCCAUCCACGUCCUCAUGGCAAACAACCACCUUGUCGUCUUGGCACCCAGCGGCGGGGCACAAUGUGGUAGACCUGUCUUGGGACCUCAGAGAGAUCAAUGCUUCAAAUUUUCUCUGUGGAAACCUAAGCUCCAAUGAAUCAAUUUAUAGCCAGCCACCUAUUCUUGAAGUACCUGAAAAGACUGCACUAAGAUUCAAACUGAAUGGGAUUGAUGCUUCUGUUGGAUUUUGGGAGGUUACAGAAGCUGAAUUUCAACAGUGCUCUGUUUCAAAUGGGAAGAGUAUCUCGCUGUUGCACACUGUGGAUGGAUUUGUUCUUCUGGAGGAGAUGGCAGCAAUGGGCAGCAACUACUUUAUUGUCCUGGUGAAUGACUCAGCUACUAAAGCACUGACAGCCUUGAGAUUGAACAUGAAAGUUAAAGCCAGUGUCUGCACAGAACAAAAGGACAACCAGGAUGAUCUCCAGUGCUCUGGAAGAGGACAGUGUGUCACCAAACUUUCUGAGGUCACCUUCUUUUGUGACUGUGAGGACGGACACGUUGGGCUGUUCUGUGAAGAAUUUGAUGCCUGCCAUAACAUCCAGUGCCUACGUAAUGGAACAUGUUUGGACAUUAAAGAGGGAAACAACCUUCGGAACUUCACCUGUGACUGCCCACCAGGUUACACGGGAGAUCUGUGCCAGACUCCGAUUGAUCACUGUCUCUCCGAGCCAUGUGAAAAUGGAGCUACCUGCAUGACCAGAGGAACAGGAUUCAGCUGCCUCUGUCCAGAAGGUUUUACCGGCCCCACGUGCGAUCAGACGAUAGACCCGUGUGAUUUGUCACCUUGCCAGAACAAUGGGACCUGCUUUGCGGAUGGCACGUCAUAUAGUUGUAACUGCAGCCCAGCCUACACUGGGCCAGUCUGUGGUCAGCUGAUCGACUUCUGUGCCCUUAAUCCCUGCUCCCACGGCGUCUGCCGCAGUGUUGACACCAGCUACAAAUGUCUCUGUGUCCCAGGUUACCACGGUCUGUAUUGUGAGGAGGAAUAUAAUGAAUGUCUUUCAGCACCUUGUCAGAACUUGGGUACCUGCAAAGAUUUGGUAAAUGGUUACGAAUGCCUGUGUCCUGCUGAAUAUGAAGGUACACAUUGUGACCUAUAUAAGGAUCCAUGUGCUAAUGUCAGCUGUCAGAAUGGAGCCACCUGCAUCAGCAAGGAACUCAAUACUACCUGCGUUUGUGCAUCUGGAUUUUCAGGUGAAGAAUGUGAGGUUGAUGUAAAUGAGUGUGAGAGCAGUCCUUGCCAUAAUGAAGGAACCUGCGUGGACCAAGCAAAUGGCUACAAUUGUCACUGCCCACACGGCUGGGUUGGAAUUAACUGCGAUGUCCACCUGGAAUGGAAAUCUGAUCAGAUGGCAGAGAGUCUGAACAACAUGCCUCGUCACUCCCUCUACAUUAUCAUCGGGGCCCUCUGCGUGGCCUUUGUUCUGAUGCUGAUUAUUCUGAUUGUGGGGAUCUGUCGCAUCAGCCGCAUUGAAUACCAGGGCUCUUCCAGGCCAUCUUAUGAAGAGUUCUACAACUGUAGGAGCAUCGACAGUGAAUUCAGCAGUGCAAUAGCUUCAAUCAGACAUGCCAGGUUUGGUAAGAAGGCCAGACCAGCGAUGUACGAUGCAACCACCGUGGCCUAUGAAGAUUACAGCCCUGAUGAUAAACCACUUGUCACUUUAAUUAAAACAAAAGAUUUGUAAAGCACAGCUCCUCGUUUAUGGGUAUAUAAAAGGAAGAUAAAAUGCUCACACAGACUGACACACAAGCAAACACACAAGAACACACACACCGGCUAAAUAUUUCUUAGACAGGAAACAGCUGAAAUAUUUACGAGAUUUGCUUUGUGGGUUAAAUGGUCAUUUUCUAGUAGUUCUAUCAUUUAAAAUAGUUUUAUGCAGAAUACUUGAAUUGGAAUUGUUUGUGUUUAUUAAACUAAUCGCUAUGUUAAUGAAAUAUGUUUUCAAUGUGGCUACUGAUCUUAAAAAUAUUUAUCUUAUUAGAUUGUGAAUUAUUCAGAAAUGAUAAGAGCUCCAAGCUAAAGAAAUCGAUUGGUGGUAUAUUUUGUGUUUUUCUGUCUCUGUGAACCAACAAUGCACCAUAGCUUAUAGGAAUUUAGAUUUGUUUUUGAUAGUUGAUUCCUUGAACUUAUUUUAUUGAGAGAGGAGAGCACGUGGAGGCUUGCAAGCAACACUAACUUGUGAACUGUAAAACUUGAUAAUGGACUGUGCCCACAACAUUAGUGGUCCUUGUGGAUACUGAGAUUGUCUAAAGUGGACCUGCCAGUGUCCAAAAUACAAUGACUGGAAAUGGUCAUAAAAUUAAUGUCUCUUCCGGAGAGACUAGAAGAGGAGCCAAUGAGGAAAUGAAGGUGGGACUAUUGUGUUACCUUACACUAGAUAGACACCAGAGUGGACCUAAGAAUUGAUUCGUGUGAACAUUCUUUUAAAAAGGAAACUUUAUGAUACUCAUUUAAUUAGCACUCUGUCAGUAUCACUUACUUUGCAGAUUUACUAAUCAACAUUUUUGUCUCAAGUUAUUUAAACUAGAAUGCAGAAAAAAUAAUUCAAAUUCAUGCUAAUCCUUUGAAAGCAUUUGACAGUUAUAUAGGGUGAAGUACUCCUUUCAUUCAUAAUUAUCAGAACCGGCUUGAUUGUGUUUUGCUGAAUGCUUAGUUUUUACAUACUGUGGUGCUUUUUUUAGUAGAUUUACCUUAAAGAGCAAGUCUCAUCAUUGGAAUCUUCUUGAAAAUUCAGUUACUGUGCAAUUAUUAGUUAUUAACUGUUUGCUUCUGUUGAGAUUUUCAAUCAAAAAAACUAUUUAAAAAUGGCUCAUUAACAGGCUGAGACCAGCUAGUGAGCUCGAUGCUCCUCGGGGAGAUUUAAGGCGGAGAUUGACGGAUUCUUGUUUUGUAAAGGUGUCAGGGGUUAUGGGGAGAAGGCAGGGUUUGAGAGGGAGAGGUAGAUCAGCCAUGAUUGAAGGGCGGAGUAGACCCGAUGGGCCGAAUGGCCUAAUUCUGCUCGUAUGAUUUAAGAACUUAUGAGUGAAGCAAGUUGCAAAAAGUUGAGUGAUGUUAAUGAAGCUCCUAUGUACAGUUAAGUCUAACCAUACUCCCACUAACAAAACAACAUACAGUGGACUAACAAAAAAAAAACAACCCAGCAAUCAACUUAUGUGAAUUAGAUUCAACAAAGGAUAUUAACUGGGCAGUUUCGUAUAACUGUGAAACUUGUGCUUGAUCUAAUAAACUCAUGAAGACCUGCUCAAACAGUUGCACUCUGGCAUUGCCAUCCAGGGAAGAACAAUGUUAUCCAUCUCUGAACCUUUGCAAUAUGUAAUAUGCCUGAUUAUUUUUUUAUAAAUUAAUCUAAUGGUGUUCAAUUUACACUUUCUAUUUCCCCUUAUAACCAAACAGCAAAAGUGUCUGCAAAAGAAUUCAACUCUUUAACAUUAAUCAAAACCUAACUGUUUUUACAACAAGAGGCAAGAAUGUUGACAGACUCACUCUUUAGGUGCCUAGAGUUUAGUACUACAUAUUGUAAUGAAACCAGAAGUAGUCCAUGAACCGUGAAAACUGCUGUGCAUCCCUAUUAAAGCCGCAAAGAGUUUUAAGAAGUAAUAUUGUACACUUCAAGCAAAAGAAAUAUUGUUUAAUGCAAGUUGCACAUUUUGGUAUGAGCUUCUGUUUUUUCCUGCUGUUGUACAAACUGCUCCUUUUGUGCUCUUUUGUAGCUUGUAUAUUUUUGUGGUGGGCGGAAGCCGAGUUGUUUAUUGGUGUUUUGACCUGUAAUGUGUGCCGUGAAUUUCCAAACUGCUCAUACUGAACUUAGCCUGUUCUCUGACUGAAGUAGACUGGUAUUUGAUUUGCUCCAGUAAAUCCAUGCAUCAAAGCUGUAUGUUUAAUGAAACAAUAAAGCUCUUACACAAAAUAACAUCUGAACAGC